GCAAGGUUGAGUAUGCUUUCCAGGCUCUGGCCAUGGAUGAACCUAGGAGCUCGUUCCGGCCUGCGCUGUGGGAGCGCCUCGAGGGAAACACGACGACAUAUCUUAAGCAGGUAUGGUUUCCAGGCACCCACGCCAACAUAGGGGGAGGGUGGUACGAUCAGCAGAUCGCAUCCAUAACACUUGCUUGGAUCUGCGACCAACUCACACCCCUCGGCGUUGAAUUCAACCCUCACUCCCUUACCAGACUCUUCUACUCCUCCCUCCGCUACAGUGCCGCCCACCCGUAUCCUUCCAUCCCGAGCCCCUCCAUCUUCAUCCCCUCCUUCAUCUGGUCUAUCAUACUGCGGUACCGAAUCCCCAUCCCCUGGGCGUUUACCCCGAAGCCAUGCCCCCCGCCCAAAUCUACUCAGCGCAUUGACCAGGCAAACUGUACCGAUGACGACCACCAUCCCCACGGCUCGCCAGAACAACUUUGGAAGUUCCAUGGCAGGCCAUGGGGCCUGGGCCAGACGCGCUUUCCUACCAGCUGGUUUCAGCUAGCGGGAGGUACGGUGGUUAGGAGGCCCGGGUGCUACAUGAGGGUCGAUCCGGACAACAACAAAGAUACGACGGAGCCACUGCUAAAUACUAACGAGAGAGUCCAUUCGUGUGUCAGGUUGCGGCUCAGACUAGGGGGUAUGAGCCCAGAUGAUAGGCAGACGUGGCCGUGUGCAUCGCUACUGGAGGACGAUAGCCACGGAGAGAAGCCAGUAUGGAGGCUAGAAAGAGGCAAAACCAUCAGCCAAAGAGAAUUGGACCAGGAUACGGCAUUUUGGGACUCCGAAUUGGCAGACGACAAGAAGGACUAUGACAGCAGGGAGAUUUAUAACAUGCAGGAUGGCGAUGGAGACUGGAACUGGGUCUUUGAGGACGACGCCGUCAUCAAAAACAGUACUGGCGAGACAGUCAGACCAUUGACCAAGGUGCUGCCUGAGGAGCCUUUGGUAGGCUACUGGGAACGCUGCCUGUUGGCGCUGACUAGGGGCGAGCUAGAUGACUGGAGGCUUGGGGAGGAAGGCGUCCCGGGAACGGUGAACGGGGGCAAGUUUGUAUAAGAGAUGGUCAAGACAAGAGACUAUACAAAGUACAUUUCCCCUCCUCAGAAAGGUCCUGGGUCAUGUGUUUAAAGGUGUCAAUUGGGAUCGCGGUAGGGUGUCUGGAUUUCUUACAUCUGCCUGCUAGCCUGUAAUUAAUCUAACCUAUACUUGGCAUUAGCAGC